AUGCUCCCACUCAGCCGGGUCCCUCCAGCAUGCUCCCUCACUCACCUGGAGCUGGGCGGCAUGCACCACGCCCUGGAGGAUAAUGCGUUUCAGAAGCUCAUGCUGGGUCCAGUUUCGCUCGUUCACUUGCGCCAUCUGUCAGUGUGGGGCAGCAGCAUCACCAACGCCUCUGCGCCUCUGCUCCUCGCCUUCCCCCGUCUGCUCUCCGCCAACCUUGCCUGGACUGCCCUCUCCCACCUCCCUGCCCACCCCUCCCUCACCACCCUCCACCUCUCCCACUGCCCCCUUGUUUCCAUUGGCUUCCCUCUCCCCUCCUUCUCAUCCUCUCCCUCCUCCUCUCCCUCCUCUCACUCCUCUCAGCCCUCUCCCUCCUCCCCACUCGCUCAUCUCGUUCUCUCUGGUGCCUCAAUCGCCCCUCCCUCCUCCCUCUUCCCUCCUCACCUCCUCGCCUCCCUCACUCACCUCGACCUCUCCCACUCGCGCGGCGCCACCCUUCCUCCUCCUCCCCACCACCCUCCACCGCACUCCACUGCUCUCCUACAACAUCACACCCCUCUCUGCGGGCUGCAGUGGCUACAAGCAGCGCUCUCCCUCACACACCUCGACCUCUCGGCUGCUGCUGUCUCUGACGCCCUUCUGCUGCACCUCGCUCACUCCCUUCCCCACACGUCUGUUCCACAAGGCACCACCACCACCCAUGGCGCAUCAGGAAUCGCCAGCAGCACCAGCAGCACCACCAGCAGCAGCAGCAGCACCAGCAGCAGCACCACCAACCCUACGCCCCAAGCAUUUCCUUGGCAGCACCUGUCACUCGCCUCCUCCCCCGACCUCUCCUCCAGGGGCCUGGCCGCGCUGCUGCUGCUCACCCCGCGCCUCACCUCGCUCUCCCUCGCCCACACUGCGGCGUCGAACGCGUGUUUGCCGCUGCUCGCAUCCCUGCCGCUCCUUUCCUCCCUCUGCCUCGAUGGCUGCCCCAUCUCAGCCUUCUGUCCCUGCCACCAACUGCGCCUCUCCUCACCGCACAUCACCGCGCACCACCUCCCCUCCCUCCGCCUGCACCCCUCAGUCCGCAUCCUCGACGCCUCCCUCCUCCCUUCCCUCUCCGCCCCACACGCCACGGCUCUUUCCAAUCAGCUCGCGCCACGUGUCACUGUGCUGCAUGCGUGUGACAACUGUAGCAGCCUCGGGGUGUGGAUGCUUCAGCAGAGUGCAGAGGAGAGGAAGGGAGGGCGCAGGGGAGGGAAGCAAGAGAGGAGGGGGAGAGAAGGGAGCAUGGAGAGCGAACAGGAGGGCGGGGUGGAGGGCGGGGUGGAGGGCGGGGUGGAGGGCGGGGUGGAGGGAGGGGAGGGGAGGGAGGCGCAGCAGGUGGAAGGAGGGCAGAGGGGGAAAGGGUCAGGUGGCAGUGAUGGAAAGAAGGAGCAGAGGGGGGAGCCUGGGAUGGGUGAGAUGCGGGCAUGUGGUGUGAUGGGCAGAUGGGCAUUAGGGGGCAGAUGCAGAGCAGAUGAGAGGCGCAAAUUCACCCCGGCUGAGCUUAAGUCGUUGCGAGGUGCUGCCCAGGCGCAGCAGCUGCCUGUGCCGUUGCCCCCGCAUCUUACCGGCAAGUGGUAA